UGCAAGUUCUUUCAUCAGCUUUCUUUUAGUAACAGGAUAUUUUUUGUUGUUGGGCACAUAUAUUAUUCAACUAUUGCCUCCAGCUAUAUUGAUCAAAUGUAAACACCACUAUUGGCUGAGCUUUUCUUUCUACAUUAGACCUGUUAGAUCUGAUUUACCAUUACCACUAGAAAAACCACAGGCUGAUCUGGAGGAAGACGUAGAUGAUGACGAAAUAUCUCAGCAAAUGACACAAUCAUACAGUGAAAUUUCUUUCAAAUCUGGUUUCAGUCCGGAGAGCGAAAUACCAAUAUCAUCAACUCUAGAAUCCAUAUCUUUAGUAGAUGAAAUCAAGCAGAGACCUAUGACAUUACCUUGCACCCAAAAUUCACCGAGUUCUAAAAGGUUGGUUCCACUGAAUCUGGAAGGAUCUAUCCAUGUAGAAGGGAAUAUGACACAUUUUGUUGCAGAAGAUUUGGAAAAUAAAAUAAGACUAUCUAGCCCCGUUGCCAAAAAAGAUACGCCCAUUAUAUCUAGUAACUCUCGAAAUUGUACGCCAAGCCCUCUUUACCGACAGUUACUUGUACCUCAAGUUGGACAGCUUGAUACUGCUCUAAUCAAUGAUUUAGAGUGUGAAGCACAUAGAAUGGCGACAUCGAUUGAUAACUUGAUAGAGAAUCUCUCUGGUAUUUUACAUUCUAUAUCGUCAAUUACAGCAGACAACGUAGAUGUUUACAAAAAUGCGGUGGCAAAGAUGUCUGAUGCCAUGGAUUCAAAUAUCAAGAGCAUUUAUACAAUGAUGGCCAAAGCGGAAGAGGUUACACAAUCCAUGAAAAUUAUAGAGGGGCAUGCUUCUAGAAUAAAGGAAAUCAAGAGACUUGUGGAUCUUUUUGAGAGUUUCAUUUAAACUGUUAUUGUGUAAGAAUUGAGAAAUUGCUUGCCGAUAUAAUUUUCAGGUGAUUCAGGGAAGUUUUUUCCUGAACGUCUAAGAGUUUUCCAACGUAUAAUAAAUUACUGACAUAUAUCUCUUCAGUGUUUUUCUCCACAAAUUAUUACACAUUUAACCAAAUAUUCAAAAAAGUAUAUUCAACCCAAGCUGUCAUCUUCAGACUGUUUUAUCUCUUUCGAGUUCAUUGGACAGCAUAAAAGGCCAAGCAGAAUUUCCUCUUCCUGCUUCAAAUACCACAGAAUAAUGCCCACACCAGUUUCAAAAUCAUUGUUCAUAAACACAAAAUCAAUUCUACAUGAUAUGUAACCUCUUAUCUAAAGAGGAGAGUUUCAAAAUAUACAUAACAAAUAUAAAAACGCAAUCUUUUUGACUCGGCCUGUAACUAGUCUUCACAGGAUCAUAUUUUUUUAAAUUAUAAGAGUUGUUCAUUUCGAUUUUAGAGGAACUCGGCUAGUUUUGAAUUGCUAAUCUUUGUAAAUGAAUAAAAUGAACGUCGCUCU